AUGCCGCGCAAAGCCAAGGCUGCUGCUACCGGCGGAGAAGGAGAGGCGCACACAGGCCUCACAGACGGCGAACUGCGCUUCAUCAAAGCCGUCUUCGACAACAUGACGCAGAAGCCCGACGCGGACUGGGACAAGGUCGCCACGGACCUGGGCCUCAAAGACGCAAAGUGUGCCAAGGAGCGUUUCCGCCAGAUGUCUGUUCGGCACGGCUGGCGUGAGCAGCAGCCGGCCUCGGGCAACCCCAGUCCCCGCAAGCCUGGCAAGAAUGGUGCCACGGGGCCGUCGGGCGAUGGAAAGAUUACGAAACGGGGCCCGAGGACACCCAGGAAGGUGAAGAAGGAAGAGGCUUCCGACGCCGGGGAGGACGAUGAGGUUGAUCUCAUUGGGGGCGGCGACGAUGGCGGCGAGGCCAAGGCGGAGGCUGAAGCAGACGUUGAGAUUUGA